AAAUAAAUCAAAGUAAAGAGAUUAAAACCCCAAAAAUUAAAUUUUGUUAUUCUAAUACCUCUUUUGUGUUUCUAAUUCUUCCUUUUCUGGAUCUGUUUAUGAGAUUUGUUUGUUUGUUUUUUUUUUUUUUUUUCUGGUAUGGGCUGAAGGGGGGAGAAAAAUUGAAAGAACAACACAACAUCAGUUGUACCCUGCACAUGGCGACACCGUCAGUUCCGCCAUCGGUGGGGAUCUGCAGCGCGUCAGUUUUUAUCCCAAAAGAAAGGUAUUACGACAAUAUUUUUUAAAAUAGGGGUAUUGUUGUAAAAAACAAUUUUUUUUAGGGGCAAUUGAAAAAAAAAAUCCUAGAUUUAAGAAACUUUGUGAAACUGUGCGAUAUUCAACAGCAGUAAAUCCAAAUCCCACCGUAUAUUCCAUUUAUUGAACUCUCCAUUUAUCCAAUUACUUUCAUUGAUAUGCAACACGUGCAGUGAAAAUUUUGAAAGGUCCAGAUUAAAAGUUUUAAAUUCAUCUUCUUUAUGCUAGUUCCAUCGUCUUCAUCCCAUCAUCUUCACCUGUCGCCGCCGGCGCCGCCCUCUCCCUCUCUGUGGCAACGACGCUCUUCCAUAUAUACACAACGACGCUCAAUCUCACUAAAAUCUCACUCUCUUAUUGCAAGAACAAAGAGGAUCAAGAACAAUAGCAGCAAAAUUAGACUGAUUCGUGAUGACAGCGGCGGGACGGUGAGGUUCGAUCAUGACAUCAACGACGGUGAACUGGCGGUGAGGAGAUGCAUAGAAAAUAUAUUAGUAAUCUUCUUUCUCUAAUGGAACAGAUCGAAAAUAUAUUAUUGUUUUUCACAUUCAUCUUAAUUUGAUUUUGAUUUCUGCAAGAUUUUCCCAACUUUUUGAGGAACUUUUACGAAUCUUUGCAGAAUUAAAGAAUUGUGAUUCUCAGUGGAUUCAUCUAACACUCCAUUUUAUCCCACUUCCCACACUCAUCCAUGGUUUCUUCUUUGAUUUCUCGUGCUUCACGGAAGUUUCUCAAACCUACUCUCCUUUCUUCUAGCUUCUCCUCUUCUAUUUUCAAUCCCUUGAUUCCCUCUCAUCCAAAUCCCAGUCAAAAUAUUUCAAUCACUUCAUUUAAGCCAACCCACAUUGGGAUUUAUGAUCAUCACUUUUGUAAAAAUGUUGGGUCACUCUCAAAUUUUCAACUUGUUGUGCAUAUUUCUACAUCACCUUUGAGAUUAGGUCAGGAUAAGGAAAACAAGAAUCAGAGUAGUAUUAGUAGUUGUAACGUCAGUAGUGGAGGGGGUGUCUCUUGGAUUGAUUUGUACUUGCAUACGUCGGUUCAGCCUUAUGCUCGCCUUGCUCGCCUCGAUAAACCGAUUGGAACGUGGCUGCUGCUAUGGCCUUGUGUGUGGUCAAUAACCUUGGCUGCACACCCGGGGCAUCUUCCUGAUUUGAAAAUGUUGGCUCUGUUUGGAUGUGGGGCUUUGCUUUUGAGAGGUGCUGGGUGUACUAUUAAUGAUCUUAUUGAUCGGGAUAUUGAUACAAAGGUAGAACGUACAAAAUUGAGACCUGUGGCAAGUGGUAUUUUGACACCAUUUCAAGGACUUUCUUUUCUUGGAUUUCAACUGCUUUUGGGUCUUGGUAUUCUUCUACAACUGAAUAAUUAUAGCCGUGUUUUGGGCGCCUCAUCCUUGUUGCUUGUCUUCUCAUAUCCAUUAAUGAAGAGGUUUACAUUUUGGCCUCAAGCAUUUCUUGGCCUGACCUUUAAUUGGGGGGCUCUGUUGGGAUGGGCAGCAGUUAAAGGAAAUCUGGAUCCAUCUAUUGUGCUGCCACUUUAUGCCUCUGGAGUUUGUUGGACUCUUGUGUAUGAUACUAUCUACGCACAUCAGGAUAAAGAAGAUGACUUGAAAGUGGGAGUUAAAUCAACAGCUUUACGCUUCGGUGAUUCAACUAAGGAGUGGCUUACUGGGUUUGGGAUCGCAAGCCUUAGUAGUCUUGCUCUCAGUGGAUUUAAUGCUGAACUAGGGUGGCCAUAUUAUGCAUUUCUGGGAGUUGCAUCUGGACAUUUAGGCUGGCAAAUAUGGACAGUUGACCUUUCUUCUCGUUCUGAUUGCAAUAGGAAAUUUGUAUCAAAUAAGUGGUAUGGAGCUAUCAUAUUUGGUGGAAUCCUAGCUGGAAGACUAUCAUUAUAGGAUGGCACUGUCAGCUCACUGCUCACAUAAAUGAGUUAAAAGAAGUAAAGGAUUUUUUUUAUAGCACAUGAAACCUGGACAUUGUAGCUCCAUAAUCUUUGAGGUUGUGUCAAAGAAAUUGAUGCUCAAGAAACUUUCGCAGUUUGAAUUAUGGGAACAAGCGUGAGAUGCCAAGGUGCAAUUUGAAGUUCCAAGUUCAAGUAGAGUGAUUGGUGUUAGUCCCACUCACGUAUAUAUUGAUGAGUGAUGGUGUUAGUCCCUCAUGUUUGGAUGAGUGAAAGGGUAUCAUAUUUGUUAUAUGAUGACUUUCAUCGAUGAUUAUAGGAAGUAGAUGGAUGGUAUUUAUAAUGAAAGAAAAAUUAGAAACAUUGAAAAACUUGAAGCACAUUUCAAGAACAAUUUUGAAUACUGAAGUCAUAA